AUGGGAGUUAAUGGUCUACUACAACUACUAAGAGAGAUUCAAGACCCAGGAUCAUUGGAAAGAUAUAGAGGGAAAACAUUAGCAAUAGAUACAUAUGGUUGGCUACAUAGAGCUUUAAUUUCAUGUGCAGAAGAAUUAUGUUUAGGUAAACCAACAAGAAAAUACAUAACGUUUGUUAUGAAUAAGAUACAAAUGUUACAACAUUUUGGUAUAACCCCGUAUUUUGUAUUUGAUGGAGCGUCAUUAAAGACGAAAUCAGAAACAAAUCAAAAAAGAAGAGACAUAAGAAAUGAAGCAAAAGAAUUAGCUAAAAAAUUCAAUGAAUCUGGUAGAUCUCAUUUAGCAGUAAAACAAUAUAUGAAGGCGGCAUAUGUUACAUCACAAAUGUGUAAAUCUAUAAUGUGUGAAUUAGAUAUUUUGAAAAUUAAAUAUGUUGUUGCUCCAUAUGAAGCUGAUCCACAAAUGGUUUACUUGGAGAAAAUUGGAUUAGUCGAUGGUAUAUUAAGUGAGGAUUCAGACUUAUUAAUAUUUGGUUGUCAAAAAUUGAUUACAAAAUUAAAAGAUGAUUCAAGUUGUGUUGAAAUUAAUAGAUCAGAUUUUGGUAAAGUUAAACAAAUACCUUAUUUAAAUUGUUAUAGUGAUGAACAAUUAAGAUUGGUCGCAAUGAUUUCUGGUUGUGAUUACACAAGAGGUGUCAACGGUGUUGGAUUAAAAUCUUCAUUUCAAAUUGUAAGGAGGUAUGUUACUUUACAAAAAGUACUUAUUGCAUUAAGAUCAACUGGUAAAAAAAUACCUGAUGGAUUUGAAGAUGAAGUGGAAAAAGCAAAUUUAGCAUUUCAGUUUCAAAAAGUAUUUGAUCCAAGAAAUCAAGUUUUAGCAACACUAAAUGAUAUACCUGAUACAUUGGAAAUUGAUGAAGUAGUUUUGGAAUCGUGUUGUGGUAGAACUAUAGAAGCAGAAGUCUGUCAGAAAAUAUGUAAUGGUAAAAUUGAUCCAAAUAGUCAUCAAUUAUUAGUAUCAAGAGAACAAAACAUCCACGUAUUGAAAUCAGCGUCAAUCCAAUUAUCGUCAAGAACCUCAAACAAGUAUAAUCAAACUACAACAAUUGAUACAGCUCAAAGAUCAAAAUCCGAAUCAUCAAUCAAAAAUAAUAACAAUAGAUCAAUAUUUGACCUACUAAAAAUCUCAAGAAAAACGGUCAAAACAUCUGAAGAGAUAGAAGAAGAAACCACUACAAAUGUCACGGUAAGCCGAACCUUGAAAACUCCUGAAAAACUACCAUUUAAAAGACCCAAUAUUGUUCUUGGUACAAGAGAAUUAAAAAUUUCACCAACAACUAAAAAAAUCAAGAAACUACAGAAUAUCACCAAUUCAACAACUGCAAGUAAAUUUUUUGGACUUAACAAAGUAAGAUCACCGCCAUCAGAUAAAAAACCCGCAAUUACGAAGGAAACCACCCAUCCUAUCAAAAAUACGGCCACUACAAAAGUAACUCAUACUGUUUUACCAACUCCCAACAAAACCGUCAACGAGUUUCCUGAUUGGGAUUCUAGUUUAAUAAAUGACUCAGAGGUACCAGAUGAAUCACCUACAAGUCAAAGUGUCAAUGUGGAAAAUAUAUUGGGUGAGUUAACAGAUAAUGAUUUAGAAGAUAGCAAGAGUCAAGAACAAGAAUCAAAGGAAGAGAUAGAAAACAAAAACGACUCAAAAGAAAGCCAAGAAGAACAAAUAAUGGAUUCACAAUUUAUUGAUAGUCCUACAAAACCUACUAAAAAACUCACUAAUUUAAACUUAAAAUUUAGUCAAGUAUCUGAUUGUGAAAUAAGUGAAGAAGAAUCAGAUUUAUUUAAAGUCAAUACUAAAAUUAUUGAUUUACAACAAUUUGCAUUUAAAGGAUAG